AUGCCUGACAAGCAUAUUCUCAUCCUGGGAAGCGGCCUGGUUGCCAAGCCAUGUGUCGAAUAUCUCCUUCGCAACGAGAAGAAUAAAUUGACAAUCGCUUCCCGGACCCUUUCGGCAGCCGAAGCUUUGGCUUUAAACCACCCUCGAGCCAGCGCUAUUGCUCUGGACGUGGCGUCUCCAGAACUCGAUGGUCAUGUGGCAUCUCAUGACCUGGUCAUUUCCCUCGUCCCGUUCAUACAUCACCCGACUGUCAUCAAAGCUGGUAUACGAGGCAUAACCCAUGUCGUGACCACCAGCUACGUGUCUCCGGCAAUGAGGGAACUAGAGUCCGAGGUAAAGGCUGCCGGGAUUACGGUGUUGAAUGAAGUUGGCCUCGACCCUGGUAUUGAUCACCUCUACGCUAUUCGCAUCAUUGAUGAAGUCCACAGCAAAGGAGGAAAGAUCAAGGAGUUCCAUUCCUACUGCGGCGGCGUCCCAGCCCCAGAGUGCUCCGAUAACCCCCUUCGCUUCAAAUUCUCCUGGUCACCCCGAGGUGCCCUCCUUUCGCAGCUCAAUUCGGCGUCUUUCCUUCAGGAUGGCCAAGUAAUUGAUAUUCCCCGCGAAGAGCUCAUGGGGCAAGCCAAGCCGUACCACGUGAUGGACGGAUACUCUUUUGUAGCGUAUCCAAACCGCGACUCGGUCCCGUUUCGAGAGUUUUACAACAUACCGGAAGCCGAGACGGUCGUUCGUGGGUCCUUGCGGUAUGAAGGAAACCCGGCCUUUGUGGCGACUUUGAUGAAACUAGGCUUGUUGGAUACGCAGCCACGGGAAUGGCUGGAGAAGAACGGUGAUGUGUUGAUAUUGCGCGAGGUUUUUGGACGGGCAGUCGGUGCUGCCGGGGCUGAUGAAGAGGAUUUGAUCGCGCGUAUUGAUCAGCUGUGCGACUUCUCGAACAUCGCCGAGAGAGAGAGAAUCAUUGCCGGUCUACGAUGGAUCGGUCUGUUCUCCGAUAAACCGGCAACCUUCCGUGGGAACCUCCUGGACACGCUUUGUGUGGAGCUCGAAGGCCUCAUGAGCUACCAGUCCGGUGAGAGGGAUCUGGUCAUGCUCCAGCACAAAUUCGUCGUUGAUUGGGAAGCUGGUAAACAAGAGAUAAUCACAUCAACGCUGGAGCUUUUCGGAGAACCGAAUGGCAGUUCUGCCAUGGCUAGAACCGUAGGUGUGACCUGCGGCAUUGCUACCCAGCUACUGCUCAAUGGCGAGCCUGCUCUGAAUGAUCCGGGUGUAUUGGCACCAUACACCUCAGAAAUCUGCGACCCAAUCCGCAACGCGCUGGAGAAGGAGGGUAUCAAACUGGUAGAAAAGACACUCUGA